AUGCCACCAAUUCGCUCUGAAACCUCGCAGAAAUUAGCUUGUCAAGAGGGCAAGAUCCUAUUAGCCCUUUCUGAUUUAGAAAAUGGCCGUAUUAAUUCUCUUCGCGCGGCGGCAAAGCUAUACGAAAUACCCUUCUCUACACUGCAAGCACGCGCCGAUGGCCGAAUUGCACGCGUUGAUAAGCGCCUAAAUCGCUUUAAAUUGACUGAAUUAGAAGAGGAUUCGCUUGUCUAUUGGAUUAUCUCUAUGGAUAUAUGUGGAGCAGCGCCUAGGCCGGCUACUAUAGGAGAGAUGGCUAAUAUCCUACUAGCUGCACGCGGUAGCCAACCUCCGCCUACCGUUGGUAAGAACUGGCCAUCAAAAUUUGUUGAACGUCGCGAUGAGCUUCGAACACGCUACUCAGUACGAUACGACUAUCAACGCGCAUUAAACGAAGACCCAAAAGCCUUACGAGCCUGGUUUGCGACCGUACAAAGCGAUAUCUAUAACUUUGAUGAGAUAGGCUUUGCAAUGGGCCUUAUAUCCUCGCAGAAGGUGGUUACGCGAGCUGAAUUCUACGGUCGGAGACGUCUCCUACAGCCAGGAAAUCGCGAAUGGGUUACUGCGAUUGAAUCAAUCUGCGCAGAUGGCUAUUCGUUACCGCUAUGCGUUAUCUUUAAGGGCAAGCUCUUUAUCCCAUCAACAAAUUCGCGCGUACGAGGUAGAUUUCGCUUGCUGAUCCUUGAUGGCCAUGGUAGCCACCUUACACCCCAAUUCGACCGAAUCUGCGCAGAAAACGAUAUUAUACCCCUUUGUAUGCCUGCGUAUUCAUCGCAUCUAUUACAACUACUAGAUGUUGGCUGCUUUGCGGUAAUUAAGAGGGCGUACGGCCGAUUCGUUAGCGAUCUUGCGCGCACGGGAUAUAACCAUAUCGAUAACUUCGCAGCUAAAACGCCUCGAACCGUUAUUCGGCUCUAUAAGCAAGCUUCGAUACUUAAAGAUCUAUUAAAGCAGCGGUCAAAUAGCCCUCCGAGCCUAUCAAAAACUAUAUUAGAUCGGAUUAUCAAGGGCCACAGCGAAGCGCUACAUAACACCGCAUUACUUGCGCAGGAGAACGCGAAUCUACGUAUGGCGAACGAGAGGAUCGUCAAGAAACGGAAUCGGUCGAAUAGGAAGAUACCCUAUGAAGAGGGUUUAACCGUCGAAGAGGGCCUUCAGCUAGCUACGCAGCUAGAUUUGCCAGAAGAAGCACCUAGAGUAGAAUCGCAUACGCAGGGCGAACUACCUAGUCAGGCGGAUAGGCCGGCAACUAGGGCUCCGCCUAGGUGUAGCGGUUGCAGGGAGAUUGGCCACAGGAUUAAUGUAUGUAAAAAUCGCUAUAUUUAG